UAAAUUGUUAACUAUCUUGUGCGUUGAGGAAAUAUUUUUACAUAUUAAUUAAUUUAUUUAUCACAUUAUCAUAUAAAUAGAUGCAUUUAUGAAUUAUCAAAAUAAAUCUUGUUAUCAGUACAAAUAUUUAUCAGUUGAUAAGUAAAAUAAAAACAGAUUAACAUAUGAUUAAAUAAGGGAACUCAGUAGACAAUUCAAUUAUUAUAUUGAACAUGAUUAUAAAUUACACAUUGAACAUUGAUAAAUUCUGUUAUCUCAUAGUCUUGACACUUUGUGUCAUUAACAUUAUUCAACCAAUUAUUAGUGAACAAGAUGUGAAUUGGGAUAUAACCUAUUUAUUGAAUCGUCGUUAUGAUAUAGCUCGUGCAGAUGAAGAUUUCCCUAUAAAAAUUCAACCACCAUCAGGAGAUUUAUUAUACAGUAUACCAGCAUUACGUUUAUUUCCACAAUCAAAACUACCAAAUGAUACAUUCUUUAUUCAUUUAAUAUUUAAACCAAAUAAAACAGCUAUUCAACAUGGUUUAUAUCUAUUCAGUAUACGUGAUCCAGAUAAUAUUUUAAGGCUUGGAUUGAAAAUUGCUGAAUAUACUACAUAUCAAGUCAUUUUCACGUAUAAUCCGCUAUCGUUUGAUGGUAAUCCAAAAGAAGUGGAAUUCUCUAUACCAUGGAAUGAUGAUUAUUGGCAUUUGGGAAUAUUAAUUAAACCGGACAAAAUUGAUUUCUAUACAUCAUGUGAAGAGACACAAAGAGUUGCUUAUCACUUUUAUCCAAUUCAAGGUUUACUUGGAGAACCAUUAUUUCGUGAAGGUGCAACAUUCUAUGCAUUAAAUAGUGGUUUAUCAAAUGCAUCAGAAUAUUUUGAGGGAUUUCUGAAAGCAUUUAGUUUCCAUUCAGACGAAAAUGCUGUUAAAUAUAUGUGUACUAAAGCAGAGAAUUAUGAAGGUAGUGGAGAAGCAGAUCGUUUUAAAUAUGAUCCAGAAUUUGGAAAUGUUUUAAUUACUAGUUCAAUACAAGAUGAUGAAGAGAGACCUGAGGAAAUGGAUUUAACUUCUCCAGAUAAAACUGAACUAAUAGCCAAUGCUAGUUCAUGUGCAUGUAUCGAAGAUUUAUUUCGACGGGGCCUUCUGAGAUUGAAAGGAGAAAAGGGAGAUCGUGGUGAUGUGGGACCUAUGGGACCCCAAGGACCUCCGGGUACCUGUCCUGCAACUUGCGCAUCUGAUGCGCCUACUGCUUUGCAAGGACCUAAAGGUGACACUGGCCCUCCUGGCGUUUGCACAAUUGAACAGUGCAAAGAAGCUGCAAUACCUGGACCGCAAGGACCUCCAGGAGAAAAAGGUGAUAAAGGUGAUCCAGGAGUAGUUGAUCUUACUGACGAUAAAUCACUUUCUGUGGUGAAACAAGCUAUCCAAGAUUUUAUAUUACAACCAGAGAUUCAAAAACAAUUUCGUGGACCAAAAGGUGAUCCAGGUGAAUGUUCAUGUUUAAGUGAUGCAGCAGAUAAUAAUACACCAAUGAAAAAAUAUUCAUCAAAUAAUAAACAUUAUGAUUAUAAUAAUGGCAAUGGGAAUGGGAAUGGCAAUAAUAAUAUUAAUGCUGAAAUUGCUGGUUAUGGUGCAAUGGUAUUAGAUACUGAAAUGGAUUUGAGUAAAGUAUCCCAUGCUUUUCCUAUUGGUACUAUGGUUUAUAUUAAAGAAGCGGAUACAUUUUAUUUAAAGACAAUUGAACAGACCAAUACAUGGCGUAUAAUAAGUCUGCAUUCAAAAGCAGAUGCAAUUAGUUUACCUAUCCCAAAAUCUACACCAGCUCCUGUAUUCGAACCACAAUAUUUUCCAGUUUUAAAAGGAAAGAAACUUUAUCUAAUUGCACAAAAUGAACCAUUACGUGGUGAUUUAAAGCUUGGUGAUCGAAUGACUGGUGCACAUGCUGGAUCAAUAUUUGCCUGUCAACGUGCAGCAAAUCUUAAAGGUUUAGGAAGAGCAUUCUAUCCAUUAUUAAGUACAGAUAUGUUCAAUAUGGAUUAUGUUGUACCACCAACGUAUAGAUAUGGUAUUCCACUAGUCAACUUAUACGGUGAAGUAUUGUUUGAUGAUUUUAUGAGUCUUAUUGAAGGACGAUCGAGGCCUCAAGCAAAAUUAUUAAACUUUGAUGGAGUUGAUAUUACAGAUGAUGUUAUAGCACCUUGUUUAUGGAUUGGUCAAAAACCAAUUUACUUAAAUGGUGAUUACGAGUAUGCAGCACAAUCAAAAUGUCGUAAUUGGCAGUCAACAUAUCCUGGUGAAAAUGGUUUAGCCGUUUCACUGCCAAUUGUUGAUAAUGCACCAGGAUUAUUUUCUAAACAAAAUUUCAAGUUAAUGUCAUGUUCAAAAUUCUGUCGAAUGUUGUGCAUACAAAUUACACCAUCAGAUAGUUAGAAAAAUGACUGUCAUAAGGAACAAUUUUUAAAAAAAAACUAAUACACUGGAUUUAUCCACGCACGCCUACGCACACACACACACAUUUAUAUCUGCACACAUAAAUACAAACACGUGGGUGUCUAUACUUACUUGUACACCUUUAUAAAUUAAUAAAUAGUCUAGUCACUGAAUCAACUGUACGUCUGUCAACUCUAUCAGUAAACCAUACACACACAAAAAGAUAUAAAAAAUGAGGAAAUUAUGUAAACUUUCCCUUUUUUUUCUCAAUACAUGAGAAUUAAUGUAUUUUUAUUUAUUGCUUCACUAACGAUGUGUACUUCUGGUUAUUUGAAAAAUCUGUCCAUACGAUGAAAGUCUUCAAACUUUUGAAAGAAGAUCUGCUUGUCUUGACACUAUUCUGUCCGUCCAAGAGUGUAUGUGUGUGUGUAAAUAUAUAUGUAUCCUUCUGUGUGAGAGUACGCAACGGAACAAUUUUGAACGUUACCUAUCGGAUAAGCCUACAAAAAAUCUAAUAUUAAUAAUCAUUUUAUUUUAUUAGCUUACAUGUCCCAUCUCUUGAAUCUCUGAUGCUGGAAUCUCCCCUCACCCAGCUCGACUUCUGUCAUAGUGUGUGUCAACGCUGUUUGCAUGAAUCACUAUUUUUCCAAUAUAUUUAAUAUUAUCUGCGGACAGUAUGUGCGUUUGUGUGUGUGUGUGUGUAGGUGUGUGGUACUGGGUAAAAACUCGAAGUAGCGUUGGGUAUUUAGUAGACUCGUUGCUACUUCAUUUUCCUCAUCGUUUUAUGCGUUUGCUAAUAUUAAUGUUGUUAUUAUUAUUACUAUUAUUAACAGAGCCUAGUGGAU